CUGCAGAGCUUUUCCACGUCAGUGUGUUUACAGAGAGCAGACUGACAGCUGCAGGAAGGUGUUCACGUUAUUCCCUUAUGGAGCACUUUUUUGACGAGUGAAUGAAUAAGCGGUGUUUGAGAACAUUACGUUUUAACGCAGUGGAAUGUCCGACAAUUUUAAGUGUGUCUUGUUGUCGUAGUGAACUGAACUUUGGUCUUCUUCAUUCACUGUUGGCCGGCUAGCCUGCUAGCUUGCCGAGCUAGGCUAGCAUUAGCUACAACAGGACUCCAUCUUUGAAAUAGCAGCCACACACAGGAAAGCAGCAUGGUGGAGAAGAAUAUCUACAUUGUCCAGGGUGAAAUUGGUACUGUAGUUGGAGCUAUCAAGAGGAACUCCAGAUGGAAUACCCACACUCCACUGGACGAGGAACAGGACCCAUUACUGAACAGCUUUGGCCACCUCAAGGAAAUUCUCAACAACAUUAAAGAGCUGUCAGAUGUUGAACCCAACGUCUUUCUGAGGCCCUUCCUAGAAGUAGUGCGCUCCGAGGACACCACUGGACCAAUCACAGGCCUUGCACUUACCUCUGUCAACAAGUUCCUUUCCUAUGGCCUUAUUGAUGCUAACCAUGAAGCAGCUGCAGAGGCCAUUGAGAACAUGGCAGACGCAGUCACCCAUGCUAGAUUUGUGGGAACGGACCCUGCCAGCGAUGAAGUCGUGCUUAUGAAAAUUCUACAGGUCCUGAGGACUCUGCUGCUGACACCAGUUGGAGCCCAUCUGACCAACGAGUCUGUCUGUGAGAUCAUGCAGUCCUGCUUCAGGAUCUGCUUCGAGAUGCGUCUAAGUGAGCUCCUCAGGAAAUCAGCUGAACAUACACUGGUUGACAUGGUGCAGCUACUGUUCUCCAGACUACCACAGUUCAAAGAGGAGGCCAAGAGUUAUGUGGGUGCCAACAUGAAGAAGGCUUACAAUAUCUUGUGGAAAAACAAACGAGUGCAGUUGAAGAUGCGUGCCGGUGGGAUGAGUGAGUCAACCAAAUGGAAGAAGCAAAAACGCUCACCACGGCCGCCUCGCCACAUGGUCCGAAGCCCGUCCGGUCAGAUGGACCUAACCCAGUCCAGCACCCUCAGCAACAACAACCUUUCAGGCGGCGUACCGUUCAUUGAGCAAGGCUUCACCACCUCUAUCCUCCCAGCUUCAGACAGUGCUGGUUCCUCCAUUUCCAGUCCUACAACCACAGACAGUGGCCUGGAUACCUGUUCCAAAGCCACCUCCAGGGAAGACCUUUCUGACCUGGAACAAUGUAGCUCAUCUGUGACCACCCCUGGGACUGCUAGCACACACCCUGCGACUGAGCCUGGCUCUCUGGAUGCACAGUCUGAAGGCAGGCAGGUUGAACCAGUUCAUUCAGCCUCAGUGGAGUCCAUCCCCGAGGUUCUGGAGGACAGAGAACCCAUCACCGAGCAGUCAGACAGUACCUCUGUCCAUGACAUGGACUAUGUCAACCCCCGUGGUGUCCGUUUUACGCAGUCCACACAAAGAGACGGAGCAUCCCUCAUCCCUUAUGGCCUGCCAUGUCUAAGGGAGCUUUUUCGCUUUCUGAUCUCACUGACCAACCCCCAUGACCGCCACAACACUGAUGCAAUGAUGCACAUGGGCUUGCAGCUGCUGACUGUGGCAUUAGAGUCGGGACACAUUGCUAACUACCAGUCUUUACUAGGACUGGUCAAAGAUGAGCUCUGCAGACAUCUCUUCCAGUUGCUGUGUGUGGACCGUAUGAACCUAUAUGCUUCCUCCUUACGAGUUUGCUUCUUGCUUUUCGAAAGCAUGAGAGUACAUCUAAAGUUUCAGCUUGAGAUGUACCUGAAGAAACUGAUGGACAUCAUCACGUCAGAGAACAUUAAGAUGCCCUAUGAGAUGAAAGAGAUGGCUCUAGAGGCUCUGGUCCAGCUGUGGAGAAUCCCCAGCUUUGUCACUGAGCUGUACAUCAACUAUGACUGUGACUUCUACUGCUCCAAUCUGUUCGAGGACCUCACCAAGCUGCUGUCCAAGAAUGCGUUCCCAGUGUCAGGGCAGCUCUACACCACCCACCUCCUGUCACUGGAGGCUCUUCUCACAGUGAUUGACAGCACUGAAGCCCACUGCCAGGCCAAGGUGGUCAACAGCACUGCUCAACAAGACCAGACAGAAACACUGCUGGCAGAGGGAGAAGCUUCAACCAAAAAUGGAACAGACACUUCAACUGAUCUUAAUAGACUGGGUACUAUCAAUGGUCUUCCACAAGCUGAGAAUUCACUAGUGUGUCCACCAACCAGUGGACAUCUGAUGGCAGAGAAGAUGAGACUGGGCAGACAGGAUCAAGUAGACAGUGAGACUGCAGAGAACAGAGCCCCGAAAAAGCCCCAGCGCUUCUCGUCAUGUUUACCCGAUUCCCAAGAGCUGAUGGAAAUUAGAACAAAAAAAAAGCUGCUGAUCACAGGAACAGAGCAGUUUAACCAGAAGCCCAAGAAGGGAAUCCAGUUCCUGCAGGAGAACGGCCUCCUCAGUAAUCCCUUGGACAACAACCAGGUGGCCCAAUGGCUCAGAGAAAACCGACUGGACAAAAAGAUGAUUGGCGAGUACAUCAGCGAUCGCAAGAACAUGGAGCUUCUGGACAGCUUUGUAAACACCUUCACCUUCCAGGGGCUCCGUAUUGAUGAGGCCUUGCGGCUCUACCUGGAGGCCUUUAGACUACCUGGAGAGGCUCCUGUCAUCCAGAGACUCCUGGAAACCUUCACAGACAACUGGCAUAAGGUGAACGGCUGUCCUUUCAUGACCAACGAUGCCGGCUUUGCCUUGGCCUAUGCUGUCAUAAUGCUCAACACUGACCAGCAUAACCACAAUGUCCGCAAGCAGAACAUCCCCAUGACUGCAGAGCAAUUCAAGAAAAAUCUGAAAGGAGUAAAUGGAAACAAAGACUUUGAACAGGACAUGUUGGAGGAUAUCUACACUGCUAUCAAGAGCGAGGAGAUUGUGAUGCCAGACGAACAGACAGGAUUGGUAAAGGAGAACUACGUAUGGAGUGUGUUGCUACACCGUGGUGCCACACCCGAGGGCAUUUUCCUCCACUUGCCAGCCGGCAGCUUUGACCACGAUUUGUUCAGCAUGACCUGGGGUCCCACCAUCGCUGCCCUCUCUUACGUCUUUGACAAGAGCCUGGACGACAACAUCAUCCAGAAGGCCAUCACUGGCUUCAGGAAAUGUGCAAUGAUAGCAGCUCACUAUGGUUUCAGUGACGUUUUCGACAAUUUGAUCAUCUCCCUCUGCAAGUUCACCACUCUGAGCAGUGAGGCUGUGGAAAACCUUCCUACAGUGUUUGGCAGCAACAGUAAGGCACAGACAGCGGCCAAGACAGUGUUUGACCUCGCCCAUCGGCAUGGCAACAUCCUUAGGGAGGGCUGGAAGAACAUCAUGGACUCCAUGCUGCAGCUGUUCAGAGCCGAGCUCCUGCCCAAAGCCAUGGUUGAGGUAGAGGAUUUUGUGGAGCCAAAUGGAAAGAUUUCUCUUCAAAGAGAGGAAACGCCUUCAAAUCGUGGUGAGUCGGCAGUAUUGAGUUUUGUCAAUUGGUUGACGUUGAGUGGAGCGGAGCAGUCUGGACUCAGAGGACCGUCCACAGAAAACCAGGAGGCCAAGCAGGCCGCCAUCCUCUGCAUUAAGCAAUGUGACCCAGAAAAGCUGAUCACAGAGAGUAAAUUCCUACAGCUGGAGUCUCUGCAGGAGCUAAUGAAGGCUUUGAUAUCAGUCACCCCAGAUGAAGAGACUUAUGAUGAAGAGGAUGCUGCGUUCUGCUUGGAGAUGUUGCUGCGGAUUGUUCUGGAGAACCGAGACCGUGUGGCAUGUGUGUGGCAGACAGUGCGUGACCACCUUUACCAUCUCUGCGUCCACACAAACGAGAGCUGCUUCCUGGUGGAGAGGGCCGUGGUGGGACUCCUUCGACUCGCAAUCCGCCUGCUGCGGCGAGAAGACAUUAGCUCUCAGGUUCUCCUCUCCCUGCGUCUCCUGCUGAUGAUGAAACCUCAUGUCUUGUCCCGGGUCAGCAGGGAGGUGGCCUACGGCCUUCACGAACUGCUGAAGACUAAUGCGGCCAACAUCCACUGUACAGACGACUGGUACACACUCUUCUCCCUGCUGGAGUGCAUUGGGGCUGGAGUGAAACCUCCCGCCUCCUUCCAGAUCGCCACCACCGCCACUGACAACGACACAGGAGCUCAGUCAGAUAGCGAGCUGUCACCUCAUCAUCCCAGUGAAGUGAGCGUGGACCGUGGCUACACAUCCGACUCAGAGGUCUACACUGAGCACAGCAAGACCAGGAUCCCUCGCUCCACAACAGACGUGGAUGUAGCAAGCAGUGGAUGGCUCGUGGUGGGGAAAGACGACCUGGAGACGAGUAAGACCCUUCCAGUAAGCUCUAAAGGUCAGCUAAAUCACCCACUGGUCAACCAGUACAGUCUGACACUGGGCCAGGACCUGGGCCAGCACGACACCAAGUCUCUCAUCAAGUGUGUGGAAACGCUGUCUUUCAUUGUCCGUGAUGCCGCCCACGUUACCCCUGACAACUUUGAGCUGUGUGUCCGAGCUAUACGAGUGUUUGUGGAGGCCAGCCUCAACGGAGGUUACCGCAACCAUGACAAGAAGAAGAGCCACAAGUAUGACUCCUCAAAGUCCCGGAUGAGGAAGAAGGCAGGGGGAAGGGAGAAGGAGGGUGGAGGUGGCACGAGGAGAGGCAGCAGCCGGGCAUCCAGCCAGCGUCCGUCCCGUUCCCAUAGCGACGAAGAGGAGGACGAGGGUGUCCCGGCCAGCUACCACACGGUGUCAUUACAGCUCUUAGACUUGAUGCACACACUGCACACCCGGGCUGCCAGCAUCUACAGCUCCUGGGCGGAGGAGCAGCGCCAUCUGGAGGCUGCAGGCAGGAAGAUUGAAGCCGACUCCCAGACUCUGUGGACCAGCUGCUGGUGCCCGCUCCUACAAGGCAUUGCUUGGCUGUGCUGUGAUGCCAGGAGACAGGUUCGUAUGCAGGCCCUCACCUACCUCCAGCGGGCACUGCUGGUCCAUGAUCUGCAGACACUAGACGCAACUGAGUGGGAAUCCUGCUUCAACAAGGUGCUUUUCCCCCUGCUAACUAAGCUGCUUGACAACAUCAGCCCAGCAGAUGUGGGCGGUAUGGAGGAGACCAGAAUGAGAGCCUGCACACUCUUAUCAAAGGUUUUCCUCCAGCACCUCUCUCCACUGCUGUCCUUGCCUACCUUUGCUGCCCUCUGGCUCACCAUUCUGGAUUUCAUGGACAAGUACAUGCAUGCAGGAUCUAGCGACUUACUGUUGGAGGCCAUUCCUGAGUCUCUGAAGAACAUGCUGCUGGUGAUGGACACAGCAGGGAUCUUCCACAGCGCCGACUCAAGGACAGGAUUCUCAGAUCUGUGGGAGAUAACCUGGGAACGAAUCGUCUGCUUCCUGCCUCACCUGAGGGAGGAGCUCUUCAAACAGACUGUCAUAGCAGAUCCAGUACCUAGUCCUCCAACAGAGCCCAUGCAGCCAACACCCACAGCAGGCCGGCCUCCAUCUCCUCAGGUGUCUCCACCACCUGCCCAGCCGCCCUCCCCAGUCCCAGUGACCCCUGCAGAGUCACAGACCCCCAGCAGGCCAGCAUCGCCACAGGAGCCCCAGCCAGCCAGUGCCAACGGAUCAGACCGAUCAUCUCCGGUCCCACCCUCGGUUCCCCCCAUGCCGGUGCCGUUAACCACGUCCCCUGCCCAGGGUCCUUCACCCUUGAGCCAGUCCCCUCUCAUCCUGCAGCCCCUCGCCUCUCCCCUGCAGGUGGGAGUCCCGCCCAUGUCCCUGCCAAUCAUCCUGAACCCCGCCCUCAUCGAAGCCACGUCCCCCGUGCCUCUGCUCCCCAGUCCCAGACCUACAAGCCCUUCUAACGAGGUCAAGUAAGAGAACUUGAGCCACCCUACACCCACUCUGCCCCCCCCUUAACAACUGGAACCAACAGACUCCAAGAUCUGCUUGUCAGCAGGUUUUUGAAAUGAUGUAAUAUUUACGAGAAGACAAAUUAAAUUUCAGCCUCAGUUAUACCACAUUUGAUUUAAAGGAAAAAUCCCCCGAAAUAUCUGACACUGUUAAAGAAACAUUCUUUGUGUCAAUUUGUGUUUAAUAUGUUCUUAUUCCUGUGGAGACAUCAUAUCUCAGGAGCAGGAAACGCACUAAGAAAACUAUUAAAAAUAAAAGUCUGAUUGAAGUAAAGUGAGUUUGCCAGGACUGUAGCUGCCAACACUGAGGUCCUGUUCUCACUGUUUUGGAGGGAAUUUGGCUGUUUUGGUACCCAGGGGAAAGUUUAUGUUAUUUUACAUAUUUGGAGUAUUUUACAUACUGAUUCCAGUAUUUUUAACCCUAAUGCAUUAUAUACAUAUAUUUUAGACCGAUACAAUACAAUAGAAAAAAGUCAGAUUCAGCAUUUCCCCACCACAGUUUUAUUAUUGGGAGUGUAAGCUUUCAAUGAUAGGGCUGGGUUUAUUCUAUAUUUUUCUCAUUGUCUUAAAAUCUCAUGAAGACCCCAACCAACAAAGUGUUAGUCCAUCUCGCAAUAUUUUGGACUUCCCUACCCUGCUCCAAGCCCACUGGUUCCUGUUGAAGAGUCAAGUCUUUGAAAACGGACCACAAAUAUUUAGUUACAUUUUUUAAAGGCUCAAUAAUUUCCUAAAACACCUGCUCACUGUAGUUUUUAAUAAAUCUUACACAAACUGGAGUAAAUAGUGCAUUUGAUGGGGACUAUUUUCAGAUAAGCAGAAAAUAGUCAGUAAAAGAAAAAAGUAAAAAAAUAGAUUUGCAGAUUAAAUCAUAUUUGUUGUCAUAUUUGGGGCAGCAGGACCAUGUACGUGGGAUAGAGUCAAAAUAGUUUUUGAACAACAAUGGAGCUAUACGACACAAAAUCCAUCGUGUUAGUUUGAGUCUGAACUGAGGAUUUAUUGGUAGUGAGAAAAAUUUAAGAUAUCGUCUGCUUUUGGAGACUUGGUCUGAUGAAAUCAGUGUGCUUUAAAGCUUCAGUAGGUAACUUGUAUAAGAAUAACUUUUUGUCAUAUUAGCUAAAACUUUCACUAUAUCCUGACAGUAGAACAUGAGACAGAACAUCUGUGAAACAAUCAGGUUCCUCUGGCUCCUCCUAGUGCUCCUAAUGACAAUUGCAAGAAUCCACCAGGCCUUUAUGAAAACAACCAAUCAGAGCAGAGAAAGAUAGAAAGACACUUUUGGCUUGGAGGUUUGAAGAUAGUGGAAUCUCAUUUCCAGCAGUAUUGGACAACAUGGAAAUGAGACUCAACUAUCUUUCUGGGCUCUGAUUGGUUGUUUUUGUCCAGACCCGGUGGAUUGCAAAUGAAUGAAUGAUUUGUUCACAGAUUAUCUGUCUCGUGUUCUACUGUCAGGAUAUAGUGAAAGUUUCAGCAAAUAUGACAAAAAGUUAUUUUUCAUAAAAGCUACCUGCUGCAGCUUUAUGAUCUGGCUGAUUUGAACACUUUCUCCCUAAAAUCCCUCCUGAAUUAAGCUUAUAUCACAGAUGAAAUAUUUCUAACAGUAAGGGCGGAAUGAUUCCUAACAUGAUCGACAUCAGGUUAAUGUUUUAAGAAUGAUGGCUCUCAUUAGCCUGAUGUUGGACUUGAAUAAAAAUGUGGUAUAAAAGAUUUAGCAGGGUCACUCGCAUGUGUGCUCAUCAACCUUUUGGAAAUCAUUAUGAAGGAGAAAUAGGAUACACUUUACACCCCCCCUCUCCCACUUCCUUAGAUUGUAACUUGAUAAGACCAGGCUGACCUCAUGGCUUCAUAUUAAUCUAGAGAUUUCAGACAGGGACAGUAAGUAAGUUAUUUGUAUUUUAGGUGCUGCAUGUUGUUGAUUAAAUAGUAUCUCCAGAGCUUUGACUCCAGUCGGAUGUUCCAGAGGUCUUAACAGAGCUGUUAUAUCACACACCGCUGACUGACAUCUGUACAGAACAACGACUUUAUUUACACACCAGUCAGUUUUUGUUUGUUGGAGAGACACUGGCCUGUUCUGUUUGUUUCUACCCAUUUCUUUUAAAUUUAACAUUAGCUUUUUGGCCCCAACAACUAAAAACAAGCUUUGAUUAUGGGCACCUUAUGAAUCCCCCCUCUCCUAAACAAAGAGGAGUGUGAAGCCUUUCUCAGAUGGACCAGAGACGUCACAUCUACGACAUUCCAAAAUGUAGAUAGUGUAGCGGGCAGUUGGCUCGGCCACUGUGCGGAUGAGUUAGAGAUCCAAAUAGUGACUUUUAUGGUUUAUGAUAAUAAAUAAUUUAAAGAGUUCUGUAUUGAUGUCAUUUUAUCAUGUUUGUGCAGCUCAGUCGAGUACAGCAGUCCAUACAUGAUUAACCCCCAGGGCCUGAGCAGCUCACUGUGUACUCAUCACAUCACUAGGAAAUCUGUGGAAGCUCGUAACAGCAGAAACUUACUGCUACAUUGAAUCGUCACUGAAAACAUGUUUAAAUGCGGUUACCAUUGAAUUUAUAGCACUAAAAUAUUUUACUUGAAAACCAUCUACAUUUAUGUAUUUUUUUAUCAUUUUAUUUCAAGUGGUGUAACUGUAUUCUUCCAGUGGGACAGAGCACACACACAUUUCAUGGGACAAAAUAAUGAAAUACAUAUAUCAUUCAUAUUAUUUUGCUCAAAUUUGACCUAAAAGUUCAAGUUAGCUAAAAUUAUACUUAUUAAAGUUCUGUUCCAUUUAGUGUAGCAUAGCCUGUACAGUGAGCCAAUGUGUACAAUUGACCCUUCCUAAGUGACAAUUGAGCAAGCCUCGGUAGGCAAAACAUAUAUAUGUAUAUAUUUCUUAAUAAGGUAGCUCAUGGUAGUGAAACAAUUGAUGUGAAUUAGCUUGCUAGUUAGCUACCAUUUUGCUAACAUUGGCUUUCAGAUGCAAACAACUAGCUAACGAUGGAUGUAGCUCAGUUAGCUAGGUAGUGUUUUACACUUGCUAACUAGCUAGCUAACAACUGAUGUAGAUUAGCUAGCUAGCAUUUUGCAAAGAUUAGCCUGCUGAAUAAAAUGUGAUCAUAUGUAUGUUGCAUUUAUCUUUUAACCAUCUUCAAAAUGUGAUUGUCUUUGAACAUUGACGAGCCUAGCACAUAGCAUAUCUAAGGAAAGUUGACCGGCGUUUGCUCAACUGUUAUUGGAGCACAAGGGUCAAUAGGCAGCACAAUGACUGUUUGAACUGAAUGGAACAGAACCCCAAUUAGUAACACUGAUAACGUCUGUGUUUACCCUACUAUUUCAUGUCAAAAUGGCUGCUGUGAAAAGGGUCUAUACAAAACGUAUCAUCUGGUAACCAUGGUAACACAAGACGAGGGGUAAAGAGAUGUUGAACUUGUGUCCCACUAUUUUAGCAGUUCUUUAAAAACAAAUGACAAACCCUCGUAACUCCUCCUCCUCCUCCUCCCAUUUCUGUUUGACUCGUAUCUUAAGGUCAGAAUUUCAAUGACUAAAUUUCAGCAACUUGAAUACAAAACUUAAAAUCAGGCUUUUGAUUUCCAAGGUAAAAUAUUCUAGUGCUAUAAACCUAAUGGUGUAAGUAUUCAGAUUUACAUGUCCAGUUGCUGCAGUUUGCUUCCAUAGAAACCUGCUGACAUUCUUGCAUGCUGAUUGUGCCUUGUGUACAAUGACAUGGACCCUGACAAACUUCUAAGAGUCUAAUUCACCGCUUUAAUGCCAAAUAUGUGACCUAGAGUGUAAUGUAGAUGUGGACAGAAAGCUUAGCAUCCAUUCAGAGUGGCCCUGGGAUCCUCUCAGUGAUGUUUAAUGUUAUUUAUUGAGUUGGGAAAGAAGAGACGGACUCCCCUGCUGCAGUACAGUCGACAGAGAAUACAGUGUGUGUGUGUGUCAGUCAGGUAACACUACAGCCUUAUAGAGCCACCAACAUGAGACAUUUUGUAAGCUGUGUGUUUAUUUGUCGUAUGGGACUCUUAAUAAAUAUAUCAGGAGCUGAUUCUUGCUUGAACAGGAAAUUACAUGAAUAUAAUGUGUAUAUAUAAAUGAAAGGUAAAGUACUUUUUACUAUGUAAUAAAUAUAAUCUAAAGAAAGUG